UUGUCCCAGCUGGCCACCUCUAAAACACUGCAGCCCACAUCUGAAUUUUCCAAAUCUUAUGGAAAAUUGAUUUCAGUCAAUACUUCUAUUCGCUUAACUGUCAUCUAGUCAACAAACAUCUGCUUACUUAAUUGUUUGGUUUGACAAUGGAAAAUAUGGACACUAAUGUUUAUUAUUUGCUUAGUGUGUCAAAACUUAUUUAAAACAGUUAUUUUUUAAUAAGGUAAACCGUUGGUACCUAAAAUAAUUCAUUGAUAUUCUCAGAGGAAUUUUGGGGUAGCUAUUGAUUGCACUCCCAGUAAAUUCGAAAUGGGAGCAACAUCGAAUCAAAUUUCUCAAAUAUUUUUGUUAUGCAAAAGCUCUUUUGAGCAUAAGUUUAAAGAGUUUUGUAAAUUCAAAAUGUAAAGAAAGGAUCCGCAGCAAUCUCCAAUUUUGAAACAUUCUUGGCUAAAUCCCAAAAACUUUUCAUCUUGAGCUUUUUAACUGAAAAACACGUUUUGCAGGCACGUUAGAUAAAUUGUAUUUUGAAGCUGACAGAAUUUUACCGGCCCUGCCUUACUAAGAACUUUUCAAAAUUUAGCUGAAAUGGAAAUAUAAUAUGAUUAACUUAGAUGGAACUAUACUGUAUGAGAGAGUUGAAGAGUUAGGAAUGACGUAACAGCUUAUUGUAGGAAAAAGGUCUGCUUAACUUUUUUGAGCAGGUGCAACCAAGAAGGUGACAAGAAUCUUGUCACAAGAGCACUCAUCUGGAACAAAUUGGAGACAAACAGGUAUGACAGGCUUGUCUUUACUACUCCUUUCGACCAACCAUCGUUUAGUUAAAAUCGUAAACAUACUAAUAAAGGUCAAAUAUAUCAUAGCAGUUCUGCGAAAAAAAGAGUCAUUUUUUAACUCACUGGAGAUUCACGUAAGUUUUUAUCUUGUAAUUCUAUCAUGGUAAGCAUGUUUUGCUUGCAUAUACUAAGCUUAUAGUUGUUAUUUAGUCUUUGUUUUAUAGUAAUCAGGUUGUUAAUAUUAGCUCUGAUAACGAAUGUAGUUAUCUUUUCCAUUAAUUUUUCAACCAACGUAGUUAAACGAAGCAAGAUAUGAAAAAACAAUUUUAAUUCUCAUUAAUUUUCAAACCCAUCGUAACUUAUUUCAAUUGUCUAUUUCAGAUCUAGCUUCAGAUAAUUUAAAUUUUUUGAAUAAAUAGAAAAUAUUUGUGGAAAAAUAUUUUAAUAGAAAGCUUUGUGUUCCGCAAAAAGAAAUGUAUUACUUCUAUCAAUUAUAUUUAACGUAUUUUCGACUUUCAUUUCCUUGCAAUCUGAGUUGAUCAUUUUCAAAUCUUUAUUUGUUGGAAGCUGCCAGCUCAAAUGGUCAAAACUGAAUUUUCUUUGCUUCGUUUUUCACACACCAGCUGAAGUUUGAUUCUACCUAACUUAAGAUUGAUUUUCCAAGCAACCUUUGACAGAAUUACAUAUCAAGUGUUCAAGCAACUUUGAUAGAAUUUAGAAUGAUAAAUCUAUUAAAACACUACAACCAUCUUUCUUAGAAGAGUGUAGAAUCAACCUUCAAAAUUGGUCAAAAAUGUGGCGACAUUAAUGCUAAGUUGUUUUUCAUAUCUAUAUGUUACUAAUUGCACUUAUCCAGACAAGCUUUUGCAUUUUUUGUAUUAUAAAUCAAAGAGGGAAUAUUUGUACAGUAUUUUUUUUAUCUAGGAUGGUGUCAGGAUGGUUGGUGACAAUUUUCGUUCUCUGUGUCUUCACCAUAAUGACUGGUGGAGAGAGCAACGUAAGACGUCAACGCUCACCAGAUUUCCCUUCUUUCAGUGAAGUUGCGAGCAACAAACCGAAUAAUUUUCGGAUAAAAAACACAGAUUGUGUAUUAAGCUGAAAAGAGGCCAAUGUGAAAUGGUAUAUUUGGUCAGCAGCGGCAGUGUCAACUAAAAUCUACUUUAUAUCAGCUUUUUCAUGACGUUGACAUAGCACUCAGCACUAGCAACUUUAUUGUCCUGAAAAAAUUUAUUGUUCAAAAAUUAAAGAUAAAUGGAUGCCAAAGAAAUAAAUGAAGAAUGGAAGAUCACAUUCAAAGCCAAAUCUUCUGAAUCGUUGGAACUUCUGCCGCGGCUGUUGACUCUAGGAACAGGAAGUUCCCUAACAUUAAAGUGGAUUGCUACCAAAAAAAAUUGCUCCUGAGGCGCUUGCAGUUGCUUUGAAGGGACGCACUACACUUGGCAACGAACAAGUUGAAAUGAAAGUGGAGAAGGACAGUGGUGUUGACUACGAGUUGAAUUUUAAAAUGGGGAGUUUAAGAGUAGAUAAAUUUUUUGCCGCUUUUCAAAUCAGCAUUGAGGACGAUAGCUCCAGAAUUAGCCACCGAGAAAAACACCUUGGGCUCAACUUGUUGACGAUUAAAAACCGAAAUUCGAAGGAAUGUUUUCUCCUAGUGCGGGUUUGAAAUCACUGCAACGGGGAGAAUUUCAGCUCCUGAUCUCGCUGCUGAUGCAUCACAGCUCUAUGUAUUUGUACAGAUGAUGUGAAAAGUUCAGGUUCUACGACAGAUAGCUUUGAAAAACCAAGCGAGGAAUCUUUGCAUUGUAUGAAAAUGAGAAUGUGCAAAACACCAUCAUGUCACUUACGGGCAUUCCAGUACCGAAGAUUGCUAUUUUUGAAAACGUUAACAAAGUAGCAAUUACUGCAGCAACAAAUCAAAUUUACAACGUCAAUUCAAAGAACCUUAACCGUCUAGUUGGCGACUUUGUUCCAGUCGAAGGUUUCGAUGUUUUGCCAAAGGGACUCAACGUACUGCAUUAUGCACCAAAUUCAAAUCAAGACAUAAAAAAUAAACAAAAUAAGGUAGCUGAAAAGGUUUUGUUUCGUUGUGAGAUUGGCAACAGCAAUCUGAAGUGGACCUCUCCCCAAAAAAUAGAGUCCCACCUAGUGAAAUUCACUAGUCUCGUUUGGAGUGCUCCAAAGGGAGUGAUGUCCCUUCGACUGAAACCAGAUACAAAUGGAAUCUUUGAUGGGAUUGAUUACCAUAAAAAUACCAAGACUGUGCAGGUCCAUUUCAAUCUGACACAACGUGUGCCCGUCUUGCAAAAUGGUCUUGUAAGUUUGCUCAGUACAACAAUAACAUUGUAUACAUUGCACAACGGACGGGAUGGAUACAACGGCUGGCUAUUGAAAGGAACUGGGAAGGAAACAAUUUUAGAUGAACUGGUCGAUGUUCGUGUAAACCAGAGAGAGCACCGAACAAAUGUCAAAGCUAAAGCUAACAUAUUCGACAUGGAAACGCUGAGAAACAGAACCAAAGCCGAAUGUCUUAAACCAGCACUACGCAAAGCCUUUCUCUUUCCUCAAAUCUUUCCCAUUAAUAAUCUUGGAUUUGAAGCCUCAUUCGAGUUUAAUAAAGUUUUGAAGUUGAAAGGUAAUGCACAUCUGAAUGGGAAGCCCAAAGUAGAAAUUCUUUAUUUCAUAAGACCAUCUGGGCCACAGCUUAAAGUUGCUUUAUUAUUCAAGAACGAGUUUCUUCAUAACGUUGUGAAUUUAUUUUAUGGAGAAAAAACCAUGACCAUUGAAUGGAUGCGAUUUAAAACUAUAGCUGUCGUGAUGAAACAAGGAGGUAUAAGAGGACAGCAAUACCACCCUUUUGACAGAAAUCAAUUCGAAAAUGUUGACAAAAGUUUUGAUGAAGGAAUAGGUUUUGGUGCAGAUCUACUUAAUUUGAAAGGGUGCAUCAGAAAGGAAUCGAAAAUGUGCAAAUUCCUUAAAGCCCAGCUUACGAAGAAUGCCAACUUUGUUUACUAUGGUCAAAUGUUGAAAGGGGUUAUGAGAAUGCGCGCAAGGUUGCAGUGGAAAGUCACUUUUGGCAAGGCGCUCGAGUUUCAAUGCUCAGAAAGUCACAUGAGGGUGAAAAAGGAUGGACAAAGACUUGUUUUUGGCGGAAAUUUCAGAAUAGUUCACACAUCCGAAGUAUUCGAAGGAAAGAUAUACGAUGAUGGAACAAAUAUCUUGAUGCUAGAGUUUGGAGGGAAAGCAACAGAUGAAUCAGACAAAAUUUUGAAUUUAGGUUACGCCAAGCUUCGCCCAGUUCGGGCAAAAUUCCCAAUUUCUGGCAAGGAAAUAGAUGCUAUUCGUCUUCGAUCAAGAUUGUAUCUUGGCACAGUUCUGAACGAACAAAUUGAGUUCAGUGGGGACACUGGGCGACAGAACAUCUGGUACAAGAAAUCGACGAGCCCUAUAGUAAAAUUUGUUGGUAGCAAGGUGCGGUUGAACCAUAAGAAGAUAUUCAAGGCAUUUGGUGUUUGCAAAUCCCAGCAGAAUAAACUGGUGCUGCUUUUUGAACAACGUCGAUAUGGUUAUAGCUCUAGCAAUAAAGGUACGCUUUGAGUUCAUUUUUGCUCGGCAGCACAACAUGAACAUUCUGAAAUGCAGUCAGGGUCAGCAAUUUAAUCUGUUACAGCUUCUAGCGGUGAUAAAAGUCUUUAAUGAAGCUAUCCAAGAAAUAUCGGUAUUUCCAUAAUUAGUUUCAAAUGCCUUAAGUGAAUUAAACAGGUAAUUGUGUACACUCUGAGCUUUUUCUCAAUAUAUUAACAGCUGCAAUAUAAUCAAAAAAGGUAGUUUGCGAAUGAAAAAGUCAAACGUAAUUAUAUAGAAGCCUAGUGGAAUUAAAAGGUAUGACUAGCAAUUGCAAAGUCCAAAAAAUUGUCACCUUUCCAGAAGUAUGAUACAGAUUAAAAAAAUAUGAAAGCAUUAGAAUAAGUAGAUAACAGGCCAUGCAAACAAAUCAGUAUUAGCCUUCUUCAUUGAUGAAAGAGUGUAUUGAUUAGGCCAUAGUUCGAAAUUCAUCAAUUCAAUAUCAUCUGAACUGAAAAGUUUUCUUUAUUGUGGGCAAAGCAAAAGCAGAAUGCGCUUCUAUCUCAUUCAACCUUGCAAGGUUAACCAUAUCAAAUAAUUUUACGCCCCUUUUCUAGAAUGGCAUGUUCCUGAAUUUGAUGUGAUAAUUAAAAAAGGGCUGCACUUCUAUGGCAAAAAAUGACUACCAGUGCAGGAGAAAUAUACAGUCAACAGUCAACGUAUUGGAUAAUAUGCAGAUUGAAACAAUAUUAAAUUGAGACCAUUAAAGUACGGCAAAGUAACUAAAGAUAAAAAUGGCAAAGUAGGCUUUAAAAAUGUCAAUUUUUUCUGUUCGAGGCUGCUGGCCGACCUGAGGCUGGGCCUAACUUAAUUGUAAUGGAGCUGAUCAGCAAUGAAGGAGUGUGUUUU